UAAAGAGCCCCCCACCUCUCCACCACCUUCCUUCAGAUCACUCGGAACCAAGGAGACUAGCAGUGCAUUGCUCCAUCAUCCUUGUUUCCACCCAAUGGCGAGUGUUAAGGUGUUCGGUUCCCCAAGUUCGGCUGAGGUUGCAAGGGUGCUUGUUUGCCUCUUCGAGAAGGAUGUCGAGUUCCAGCUCAUUCGCGUCGACACCUACAAGGGCCAGAAAAGAAUGCCUGAAUAUCUCAAGCUUCAGCCCCAAGGCCAAGCGCUCACAUUUGAAGAUGGGAAGAUGACCCUCGUCGACUCCCGGGAGAUAUGCCGACACAUUACGGAGAAGUAUGUGGACCAAGGGAACAAGGACCUUCUGGGGACCGGCACGCUCGAAAGAGCAUCGAUCGAGCAAUGGCUGCAGACCGAGGCUCGCAGCUUCGACCCCCCAAGCUCUGCUCUGGUGUUCCACCUGGCAUUUGCGCCCCUCAUGGGGCUGGAGCAGGACCAGGAGGUGAUCGAGCAGAGCAAACGGAAGCUGAACAAUGUUCUCGACAUCUACGACAGGAGGCUGCAGGAGACGAGGUUCCUGGCGGGGGACAAUUUCACGCUUGCUGACCUCUCCCACCUGCCCAACGCCCAGCGUUUGGUGUCGAACGCCGGGUGCAGCCCGAUGAUCAGGUCAAGGAAGAGGGUGAGCAGGUGGUGGGAUGAGAUAUCGCGCCGCCCGUCGUGGCAGAGGGUGGUGGAGAUGCAGAAGGAGCCACUCCCAGUUAUCUGAGGAUUUGAGAUGCUACUACUGCUGGUAGCUUGGCUGGAGAUGGAGUUGUGGGGUUGCUCUCUUGCUUUCUUCCAGAGUUUGGAUCAGGUUUCACAGCUCGUUUUGUUUGUCUUGGCAUGGUGCUUUCGCCCAUGCUUGUUUGUUUGGGAGUCCACAAAGUUGUCGAAUGGCCCUGUGCCUGUCUGAGGUUUGGUUUGGUAGUAGCUUUACGUUUAGUUGGAUGAUGGAUGUCAACUGUCAUGUUAGUUGGUCCAUAUCCAAACAUUUGGGUGCUCUUAUAAUAAGGCAACUCCUUCUCAAUGGGAUAUAAAGGUUGAAGUCGUUUUUUGAGAGUAUAUUUUCUUCCA